AUGCCAGUAUUCCGCAACGUACGCCCCAGUCGCCAGUCCGGACGCCUUGGAAAGCAGGUCCCUGUGAUCUAUGACAAGGAUGGCUGGCCUAUCACAGACGGCGUCGACGUUACUUCAGAAAUCACAUCACCCUCGAUCUCAUCACACUCACCUUCACUCGAAUCACAUCGCACUGUUGGCCCCGGUCAUACGCACCGUUAUUCGCCGUACGCGCGCCGGUCCGCGUCGCCUCUGGUCGGCCAGGAACACAGUCCACCCGGAGUUGUGCCUUCGGAUGUGCCUUUCUGCUCUACACCACCAUCAGCUUCCUCUUUGCCAGCUCUCCCAGCCCGCAAGUCGACCCACACACGCAGGAAAGACCCUGCUCACAUCCCGCGCCCGCGCAACGCCUUCAUCUUCUUCCGAUCUUGGUAUAUCACCGAAGGCGCAUCUGGCAAUGAAGGCCAGCAGAAUGAGCUCAGCAAGCAUGCCGGCAAGGUCUGGAACCGCAUGAGCGAGGAGGGCAAACGCCCGUUCGUGGAGCUCGCGAUAAAGGAGAAGAGGGAGCACACGGAGCGCUAUCCCGACUACGUGUACGCCCCGGGCGGAUGCAGGGGUUCUGCGAAGGCGAAGGCGAGAGCGGCGAAUGCGAGGCGGCCUGCAGCUAGUGCCCCCAGGAGGAAGACAGCCGUCGCACCGCCGAAGACAUGGGAGAAGGAGGACACGCCGGAGGAGGAAGAGACGCUCGAGGUAGCCUACAGCCCCCUUCCGCGCUCACCUCGCGUUCGACGCGCUGCUGCACAACGCGCGGAGCGCCGGAUCGCUAUGUCUCCUUCGCCAUCGCCUGAGAGCACACCCACACCCAGCGUCGCGCCAACCCCGAAACAGAUGGUGAAGAGUGCGUCGGCCCCUCCUGGUCUGCCAGAACAGGACGACUUCGUCCCAACGGACGAGAUUCCCGUGCUCGUGCUCAACCCUCCUGAAGAGGAGUUCAAGGUUUUUCGAGAGGUCCCCAUCAAAUCAGCAGCAAAACUUAAACCUGACGCUCAAGAACCUCAAUUCGACAUGACCAUCCGGCCCUUUCAUUACGACUGCCCCGGCGUACAGUUCGCUGGGUUCAAGCCUUACGCAAACCCGGCGAAAUUGCAUUCUUAUCUUCCCGCAAUUUCGUCCAUAACUUCCAACCCCGGCUCUACGUCGCCUUUGGUGAACGGUGUACCUCAUGCUUUACCCCCUGUUCCGCUUAUCCCAACCUCUCCCUCACCUGUCUCGCCCAAUGUGCGCUGCUCAUCCCCAGCAUCUUCGGCGCCACCGAAUUUCCUCUUGCGACUUCGGUCGGCUACCGCACAAUUGCUUUCACAGCCGCCGACGACGCACCAGUUCUACGAGCUUGCCAACAACCCGAACCAGGGGUCUGAUUGUGGGGACGUGCAGAUGGACUUUGAGUCGUCGUCGUCUUCCGACGGAGAAGAAGAGUGGGCUUAUUCGACGGAUGCACCGAUCUUCACCCCACGUGAGUACGCCGUCCCUGCUGCGAGGGAAAUAUGGGAGGCCGAGCAGGCACAGCUGAGGGAAAUGGAGGAGAUGUAUGUGGACUUCGACGCUGUGGCUGUGGUGACUUGA